GAGGCAAUUGGUUGCCAAAUGAAGACAUUCACCUUUGUGGGUUCCGAAAUGUCGUCCAAAAACAGUGCAGUGAAACAACUUGUCCAGCUCUGGUGUUGUUUCGUGUUUUCCAGCUCUGGAGCUUCAGAUUCUUGUCGAUCGAAUGGCAUGUUUCCUCAUCCCUCCGAAUGUGGAAAAUUCUUCAGUUGCACCCCUUGGGGCCCUGUGCUUAUGCACUGUCCAGCCGGUCUUCACUUCAACCCCCAGUUGCACAUUUGCGAUUGGCCAAACCGGGCAGGCUGCAUGGACAAGCAGCAUUCGACCCAGAAAUGCCCGAUUUAUCGCCAUCCUACCGACUGCGCCAAGUUUUACAUCUGCGCCCCGCCAGGCCAUCUGUUGCUUCACUGCCCGUUUGGUUUACUGUUCAAUCCUGUAAUAUC